UGCCUCUUGACUCUCAGAGAACCCAGAGCCUCCGUUUGAGUUUACCUGAGUCCUUGCGGAAAGGAGAGACAAGUAAGAACUCAGCAGGAGAAGCCAAGCCUUGGUGAGGAAGCCAGAGUUGCUCCACCCCGCCCAGGAUCAGGCGAGGGGGAACCAGCUUGGCUGCGGCUGCCAACUCGCGCCGAGUGCGUCUGCAACUCCCGGAGUGGAGUCUCGCGUCCUGCCUCGUCCCCGCGGGGCGCGCGCUCCUCGCUCCCCCAGGCCCCGCGUCCUCCCCCCGCAACCCUUCCCCACUUUUCCCCGCUUUUGCAAUCACAUGGCAUUUUAAGAAUGCCGGAAAGAUGGCGGUAGCGGCGGCGGCGGCGGCGGCGGGGCCGGCCGGCGCGGGAGGCGGCCGAGCGCAGCGGAGCGGGCUGCUGGAAGUUUUGGUGCGGGAUCGCUGGCACAAAGUUCUGGUGAACUUGAGCGAGGACGCCCUGGUUCUGAGCUGCGAGGAGGGCUCUGCGGCGUACAACGGCAUCGGGACCGCCACCAAUGGCUCGUUCUGCAGGGGCGCCGGCAGCGGGCACCCGGGCGCGGGCGGCGCGCAGCCCCCGGACUCGCCCGCCGGGGUCCGCACCGCCUUUACCGACCUGCCCGAGCAGGUGCCCGAGGCCAUCUCGAACCAGAAGCGUGGCGUGAAGGUGCUGAAGCAGGAGCUGGGCGGGCUGGGCAUCAGCAUCAAGGGGGGCAAGGAGAACAAGAUGCCCAUCCUCAUCAGCAAGAUCUUCAAGGGGCUGGCGGCGGAUCAGACCCAAGCCCUGUACGUGGGGGACGCCAUCCUGUCGGUGAACGGGGCCGACCUGCGGGACGCCACCCACGACGAGGCGGUGCAGGCGUUAAAGCGCGCGGGCAAGGAAGUGCUGCUGGAAGUGAAGUACAUGCGAGAAGCCACGCCCUACGUGAAGAAAGGCUCCCCAGUGUCCGAGAUUGGGUGGGAAACGCCUCCGCCCGAGUCCCCGCGGUUAGGGGGCGGCUCCUCAGACCCUCUGUCCUCGCAGUCCUUCUCGUUCCACAGAGACCGGAAAAGCAUCCCCCUCAAGAUGUGCUACGUCACUCGGAGUAUGGCCUUGGCUGACCCUGAGAACAGUGCACAUCUCUAUUUAUGGUAUACAAGUGAAAAAUUCACAGAAGGCGCUGUUGUGGUUUCAGAUGGAAAAGUGUCACUCAGCACACUGAUUCAGAGGGAUGUCAUCUGGCAGCUUGAAAUCCACUCCCCAGAUGCUAAGCACACGGUGAUCCUCAGGAGCAAGGACUCAGCCACCGCCCAGGCCUGGUUUAGUGCCAUCCAUUCCAACGUUAGUGACCUGCUGCCCCGAGUGAUUGCUGAGGUCAGAGAGCAGCUUGGGAAAACAGGCAUUGCUGGGAGCCAAGAGGUCAGGCAUCUUGGCUGGCUUGCAGAAAAGGUGCCCGGGGAGAGCGAGAAACAGUGGAAGCCAGCUCUGGUUGUCCUGACUGAGAAGGACCUUUUAAUCUAUGACAGCAUGCCGCGGAGGAAGGAAGCCUGGUUCAGCCCAGUUCACUCCUACCCACUUCUUGCCACCAGGCUGGUCCAUUCAGGUCCAGGGAAAGGAUCGCCCCAGGCUGGUGUGGAUCUGUCCUUUGCAACUCGAACUGGUACCAGGCAGGGGAUCGAAACACAUCUCUUCAGGGCCGAGAUCAGCAGAGACCUCUCCCAUUGGACACGGAGCAUAGUACAGGGUUGCCACAACUCAGCUGAACUCAUUUCUGAAAUCACCACAGCUUGCACCUACAAAAACCAGGAGUGCCGUUUGACCAUACAUUAUGAGAAUGGAUUUUCUCUUACCACUGAGCCACAGGAGGGUGCCUUUCCCAAGACAAUCAUACAGUCUCCUUAUGAAAAGCUGAAAAUGUCUUCAGAUGAUGGAAUCAGGAUGCUGUAUUUGGAUUUUGGAGGCAAAGAUGGAGAGUUCCAACUGGACCUUCAUUCCUGCCCCAAGCCAAUUGUUUUCAUCAUUCAUUCCUUCCUGUCAGCUAAGAUUACAAGACUGGGCUUGGUGGCCUGAACAGAGGGGCGACUUGCCUUUGAGAAAAGGAAGGCUGUAGUGCCACCAGAAAGGGUAACAUGAGACAUCAGUGCACCAGCAUGCCACAGUCAGCUUUACAACCCAAGGGUCCCGUGUAACUAUCCCAGACUGCUCUGUCAAUUUCAUCAAUUACAAGGGGGUACCCUGAGAAAACACCGCAAGGAACAUCGGAAUAAAACUGUCUUUUUAGAACAGUCAAAGGGUAAAGAAGUGAGGGAAAUUGGAAAUACACAGCAUAACUUUUAAAUAAUGACAAUCAAGGACAUGAAAUUAGAACAGCGUGUGCAGAUCUUAAUCAUACCAGGUUCUAGGCAACUGGUUCACCCAGGUAAGCAAGGGAUGAAGAGAUGAGAAAUGGGCGUUUUCCCCUCUUUCCCCCCCCCCCAGGAACAAUGAUCCUUUGUUUUAUUGUGACUUAUUUCCUACUUCUAAUUGAGUUGACUUUAGCUGGUAAGGAAAGGAAAGUACUUCAAAUGGAAACCCACCUUUUAUUUAAGUAUGAAGCAGCUUUACCUUUUCUUAAUGAAUUAUCUUUCAGCGAUGUAGGAAGAUUCUGAAGUGUUCUCAUUAGCCUAUGCUGGGCGAGAAUUAAAUAAAGCAUCAGAUACUGAUCUGAGCUGUAAGCUGGUGGAAUCUGAGCCGAAGUAGACUGCUUAAAUUGCAAAGCUUUGCUCAAGAGUGCUGUGCGUGGAAGAUGAUUAAUUCUGGGGCUGCAUUCACACCAAGGUCUGCUAUCUUAGAACCAAGACUGAUAGCUUUAUUUAUAGGAAGCAAAUUAUGGAUAUUUUUUAAAAGAUUGUCAUUUGCUAUAUAUAUAGAUAUAACAACUCAUGUGGGGUUAAAUAAUUAUCCCUGUUUUGUGGUUUUCAGUGGAAGUGCUGAGCAAUUUAUUGACUCUUAUUUCUGCCUGUGCUUGUAUGCAUGCAUUUUCGAACCAGUAAUAGAGCAGCUUCAUAUAAUUCUGAACGAUGCUGGCGUUUAUGCAUACACCCAGCAUUAUAAUCAGAUGUAUUGAUAGCAUCCAAUGCUCUUUCGGAAUUCCAAGGAAAUGAUAUAAUGACCUGAUAUUUUUCUACAAGAAUAUUUUCAGACACCAUAUAGCGUAUUACUGAUUUAAUGCUUUUGUUUUUGUCUUUCAAAAUGAAUUCACUAAAAAUACACCUAUUAUUUUGGAGUCACUUUCCUCAAACCUUGAAAAUUAGUUCUAGAAUUUCUGUAAGCAUUUGUAAUCUUUCUUUCCCCUGUAGUUUACAUAGACAAACGUUCUGGGUUAGAUUUGUGUGUUUUCUCAGAAUCAUAUUUUAGCAAAUACCUAUGCAAAGAGCUUUAAAAGGUGAAACUGUUUUAAAGGAAUGUGAUUUUGCUCACUGAGACGUAUGCGUUUAUUGAGUUGCAGAGUUUUAUUUUAGAUCAGUGUUGCCCCAUAAUAGGUAUCAUGGAAUGCUAGUUCCAAAGGCCAUUGACUGAGAGGUGUUUUGUGGUGGGGAAAAUAAGAGGUUUGGUAAUCAAAAAUGUUUGUGAAAUACUGAGUUAAGAAAUGUUCAACAGAUUUCAUGAUUACAGGUCUCCUCGCUUUAAUGCACAUUGUGGUUCUUCUGGGGGGGUCCCCUGUGCCAUUCCUUGCGCUUACCUCCAGAACUCCUUUCUACUGGAGCAUCUUGGGAAGCUAGUGUUUUAAAACAAAACAAGACUAAACACAGUGGAAAGCACAGCUUUAGGAUAUUGGCUUCUUGUUUUGUUUUGUUUCCUGUUUUAAAAUGCUCAAGAGUGAGUCCCAGCCUGAAUAUUGGAGGAAAGCUUUGAUGCAUUUGUAAAUUAUACUGCACUCUUUCAUUAUGUAUUUUCAAAAAUCACUGGAAUGUUGUUAUACAAGAGAAUUAUACUUGUGUAUUGUAAAUAACAUAUUAAAAUACAUGUAUUAAUGCCAAUAGUUUAAUUCAACAAUAUGUAAUCUAAGGUGCUCAGUACUACAUGAAGUAUGAGUUAAUUACUCAUAAUUAAGUUGCAAAGAUCAUAUAUAUUUAUAGACAAACUAAAAUGAUCGUAAUUACAAAUAUUAUUUCUUCAUCACUUAAGUUUUGGACUGAUUAAUAUCUGGGUGGGGAGUCAACAGAAACUACAUUCUCUGCAUUUAUAAAAUUUUAAUUUAAAUAUUUAUAUUUUAGAAAAAAAUGUAUUUGAAUAAAAUUAAUGCAUUUUCUGAAUUAAAAGGUGUUAUUAGCAAGAAAUAGAAAAUUUUACUAAGAGAAUCGUGUAUAUGAAUCUUUUUUUUGCCUCCAAGUUAAAGUGCAUCGUAUCAGAGUGGCUAUGAUGAAUCAAUUUCAAAUACUCAUUUUUCCUCAUUGUGAAUUCAACAAGUUACAAUGACUUUACACUGUAGAUUUUACUCUUGUCUUGAUGUGUGUUAUGAAUGUUGUGAAUGACAAAACUCAUAGGUCUGGAUCAUGCCUGGGUACAGCCAAUGAAUCAACUCAGUCAUUUUAGGGAAUUUGUUUUGGUCUAAUUCACUCUGUGUUCGAUUGACUUCUUAUUUGAAUGGAUGAAUUAUUAAAUUCACAAUGUUUGUGCCUUUAGGGGCAAACCAAUA